UGGGGCCACCGUGUCCCCGGUCCUGUCUCCUGUCAUGGGGUGCCCCCCACUCGCCGCCUGCUUCUGGGUGCUGUGCCACCUCCUGAGCUACCUCCCCCCCACUGAGGGCGACCAGACAAUGUCCUGUGGUCACUACAGCUGCUCCAUCAACAGCUGCUGCCUGCAUCAUCACAGGAUAAGACCCCAGAAGGAUCUCUGGGUCUGUGGGUGCCCCCCCGGCAUGGUCCCCACCCUCCAAAACUCUUCCAUCAUCUGCCGGCAGCCCUCUUGUAACAUCCCCAUCCUGGAGGAAAACAAAAAGGCGUGCCAUGACUCAAAGACCCUGUCAGGGGACACCUGCACCCAGCUGCAGGCCACCCAGAAGCUCCUGCAGCAAGCCUGCACCCAGCCCACAGAGAAAAACCUGCAGACCGUGCUGAACAAGCUGCAGAUGGAAGCCAACACCACCAAAGCCACCAAUCUGCUGCUGCAGAGCACGGAAGCCCUUGUGCUGCAGGCAGCCCUCAAAGGCUCUGGCUCUGGCCCCCAAAACUUCAGCACCUCUACCAUGGAGGCCGCAGUGGAGGUGGUACGUGACAGCUGCCCUCAGACCAUGCUGGUGCUGGCGGUGGGCAAGGAAACCCUGACCAUCAGCUGCCAUGAGGUGGUGAGCAAUACCCAAGCAGAUGAGCGUGCAGUGGCCUUCAUCGUCUACAAGGAGGUAGAGAGGUUGCUGAGUAACAUCGCGAAGCAGCACCAGGGAAAGAUCAACUCCCAGGUGGUUGGCGGCACUGUGGCAAAAGCUGGCAGCACCUUUAAUGGCACCUUCAACAUCACCCUGCAUCACCGCAUGCAGGCUCUCCAGGCGGGUGAGAAGCCGCUCUGCGUGUACUGGCAGGUGGAGGGCACCGAAGGCUACUGGACGUCCUCGGGCUGCACCCGCGUUGGGGGUGACACCCUCCACUCCAUCUGUGCCUGCACCCACUUCUCCACCUUCGCCAUCCUCAUGGCUGUCCACCCCAUCACGGAGAGCUUCGCGCUGACAGUGGUGACCUACGUGGGGAUGUCGGUAUCAUUGGUCUGUCUCUUCCUCGCCAUCGUCACCUUCCUCCUGUGCCGCUCGCUCUGGAGUGUCAGCAUCACCCUCCACCUGCAGCUCAGCAUCUGCCUCUUUGCUGCCGACCUCCUCUUCCUUGUGGCUGCAUCUUACACUGCCAACCAGCUGGCAUGUGCCAUCAUAGCGGGCUUGCUCCACUACCUAUUCCUCGCCUGCUUUGCCUGGAUGUUCCUGGAGGGUUUGCACCUCUUCCUCACUGUCAGGAACCUGCGUGUCCUCAACUACACCAGCACCAGUCGCUUCAGGAAAAGAUACAUCUACCCUGUGGGCUACGGCAUGCCGGCCAUUGUGGUGGCCAUCUCAGCCGCCAUCCAUCCUGGUGGCUACGGCACUGAGCGCUACUGCUGGUUGAGCAUGGAGGGAGGCUUCAUCUGGAGUUUCCUCGGUCCCAUCUGUGUCAUCAUCCUGGUUAAUCUGCUAUUUUUUCUCACUACCCUCUGGACUCUACGGGACAAACUCUCCUCCCUCAAUGCUGAUGUCACGGCCUUAAAAAACACCCGGGUGAUGACGUUCAAGGCGCUGGCACACAUCUGUAUCCUGGGUUGCACAUGGGGUCUGGGCUUGCUGCAGGCACAGGGGGACAACAUAGUGGUGGCCUUCAUCUUCACCAUCGUCAACACCCUGCAGGGAGCCUUCAUCUUCCUUGUGCACUGCGUCCUCAACCGGCAGGUGACGGAGCAGUACCGGCAAUGGUUUAGGGCGCUGGGGCGACAAGCGCACCCCCACGAGAUGCCCACCACCGAGAUACAGGUCACCUACGUCACGGAAGGGGAGAGGCCGCAAAGCCACAGCACCGAGGGCUGCACAUGGGAGAAGUGACAGCAGGUGCCAUCCAGGACCGACCCGUUUCUGGCACAUCUGACCUAUUUCCAGCAUUUUCCGGUGCAUCCAACCCAUUUCCAGCGGUUUUCCAGCACAUCCGACCCAUUUCCAGUGUAUUUCCUGCAGAUCCAACCCAUUUUCCUGCUGAUUUGACCUGUUUCCAGCAUCUUUUCCUGUAGAACAACUACUCUGUGGCAUUUUUCCCAUGUCUGACCCAUUCUCCAGAAUCUUCUCCAAGAAAAUGACCAAUAUCCAGCAUUUUCCCCUACAAUCAAUCCGUAUCCAGCUGCUUCCUCCCAGGUACAAACAAAUUCCUGCAUUUUCCUGUGAAAUGACCAUUUUCCAGCAUUUUUUCCUGCAGACCCAACCCAUUUGCAGCAUUUUCCCCAAAGAACAAACAAUUACCAGAUUUUUUUUUUUUUUUUUGGUGGAACAACCUGUUUCCAGCAUUUUUCCUGCCAAUUUGCCCCGUUCCCAGCAUUUUCUCCAAUAAACGACCACUUGCCUUUGUUUCCCCCCAAGACUGAGCCAUUUAAAGCACUAUUCCAUGGAACAACCUCUUUCCAGCAUUUUUCCUGUGGUUUUGACCCAUUUCCAGUGUUUUGCCAUGGAAUGAUCAAUUUCCUGCAGUUUUGCCCUGUUUUUCCAUCUCCUUCCUUCCACGAUUGUCCCAUUUCUGGUGCUUUUCUGUUGAAUGAUCUGUUUCCGAUGUGUUUUCUCCUGGGAUUGCUCCAUUUUUGGCCUUUUCCGG